GUUCACUUCCGGGAAGAUGGCUGCACCCAAGUCGGGUGUCGCACGUGCUUCCACGGAGAGGACUGUACACUGACGGAGGAAAAGGCGGCGGCUGGUCCUCUAGGCUGCUACAAACGGAUGGCUCUGGACAUCCCUGGAAACUGGCUGGAGAGGAGACAGCGUCUCAGUGUACUUGCAGCCUUCGCAGAUCAGGCUGCGUCUGCCCACGCCGGCCCAUUGCAAAUGGUGCCACGUUUUCCCUGGUGAGAACCUGAGGACAGACCCUGCCAUGAGUGUCACCCCAGAGGUCAAGAGCCGUGGGAUGAAGUUUGCUGAAGAGCAGCUGCUGAAGCAUGGAUGGACUCAAGGCAAGGGUCUGGGCCGGAGGGAGAAUGGCAUUACCCAGGCCCUCAAGGUGACACUGAAGCAAGAUACCCAUGGGGUGGGACACGACCCUGCCAAGGAAUUUACAGACCACUGGUGGAGUGAUCUCUUCAACAAGACUGCCGCCAGCUUGGUAGUGGACUCGGGGAAGGAUGGAGUGCAGAUAAGGCGUCUUUCCAAGGAGACCACCCAGCGCAGUCACCCCAAACCCAGCUUGCUGUAUCAGAAGUUUGUGAAGACAGCCACACUAACCUCAGGUGAGGAGAAGCCUGACAGAGACAUGGGGAGCUGCAGUGAUGUUGACAACCAUGAGCCCACGCCCCCAAAGAUUCUGACUGAUGAGAUGCUACUCAAAGCUUGUGAGGGGCGAACAGCACACAAGGCUGCCCGGAUUGGUAUCACCAUGAAGGCCAAGCUUGCUCGCCUGGAAGCCCAAGAGCAGGCCUUUCUGGCUCGGCUCAAAGGCUCAAAGGAUGUGGGCACCUCUCAACCACUGACUGACAGUGAGCCUUCCCAAAAAAAGAAAAAGAAGAGGAAGCAGAAAGAGGAGGAAGAGGCGGCAACAGCUGAAAAGAGUCUAGGUGAGGAGCUGCUGAAACACACUGACAAGAGCUUCAGGAAAAGCAAGAAGAAGAAAAAGAGGCAGAAAGCUGAGAGAGAGGGAACAGCUAUAGGAAGUGAGGAGGAAGAGGCUGCAGGAGAGAGUGGGCCCAGAGAACUGAGCACAGAGCAAUCUGAUCAGCCUUCCAGGAAAAAGAAGAAAAGGAGGAAGCAGUGCCAUGAAGAAGAGGGGGAGAUGGGAGUCUGUGAUGAAGGAGGUAGAGAUGUGACAGGCGGGCCAAAGGCAGUCAACAGUGGAGGAGACAAAGACCCCAGGAGAAGCAGCAAGAAGCGGCGGACGUGUGGGGAGGACUUAGAUACCCAAGAGGAAGAAGGGAAGGAUGACCUAACAAAAGGAGAGAGAAAGGUCAGAAGAAAAGACAAAAGGAAAAGGCAGCAGUGCUGUGAGGAGGACUUGGAUGUAAGCAGUAAAGACGAUGGUGGGACAUGGGAAGCAGAGGAUGCAGGUGAGAGAAGUCGGCCAUACCCAAAGGAGAGAGCCAAAAAGAAGAAGCGGAAGAGGGACCGAGGGUCUGAAGUGGAUCUCAGCUGACUCCUUUUCAGGGAUAGCCUGGUUUGGGGCAGGGUUUCUGCACACUCUGCAAACAGCUCUGGAGCCCCAGUCUGCAGAGGAGAGCCAAUGCAUUCUAUACUGGCUGAGGGGGUGGACAUGGGCUGUGAAACUUCCUGUCCAAGAAGUAUAAACCUGGUGCCUGGCAGCUCACCAGCUAGAGGAUGGUGGGAAGAGGAAUCAGGAUGGAGGAAUAUUUGGAGUGUCUCUUCUAAAAGUCUGAAAAUGUAGACUUACAUGAAAUGGCUUUGUUUUGUUUUUGAGACAGGGUUUCUCUA